AAUAAAAUGGCAUAAUUUAAGGUGUCAAAUGAAUUCGGAGAUAAGGAAAAUUAAAAAAAAACCAAAAGUGGAGAUGGAACUGAUGAUAGACUGUGGAAAAAGGAAGAUUUUCUGGAGGAGUCUCAAUUACAAAGCAUAGAAAAACCAACAACAUCAAAUACUACAACUCAUGGUUCGAAAAAACCAAAAACCAAAGCCAAGGAAAAAACGGAGUAGGAAGGUGAUGCAAUGCUAGAAAAGGCUAAAAACAUACUAAAUACACCAACUGACGAGUAUACCGUAUUUGGUGAAUAUGUUGCUAGUGAAUUACGGCAGCUGCGUUCUGAUGAACGAAAAAGAAGAUUAAAACGAAUAAUCCAGAAAGCUAUAGUUGCAAUGAGCGAGGAAGAUGAAGUGGAGUUUUCUGGAUCAAGAACACUUACACCUUUAAUGUCGCCUACUUAUUCACAUUCGAGUACAUACCCAUCAACUUCAAAUACGGUUGAAAGUUUUGAAGAGGCACCGAUAACAAAUACAACUACAAACCUUCCUCCAAUCACGCAGUUUUACGAAAAUUACUUACUUGGAGAUAAUCCGUUUUCAGCACAGUAAAUACCGCUUCACAAACUUCAGGUAUAAUCCUUGAAAUGGUCGUGACUGGAAUCCGAAAAAGGUAUUGCAGGGAAUGAUAGCUAUCUCCUACAACUAAAAAUGAUUUAAUUAGAAGUUGUUUUUGUUUGCUUUUUAAGUUAAAUACAUCCUAGAAACCAAA